CCCGCCCCUCCAUCAUGGCGGCGGCGGCGGCGGCAAAUUAGGGCAGAGCUCGCACCGCCUCGCGCGCGCGCGCGGGCGCCCACCACCCCCGGCGGACCGACCCGGAGCAGCGCCGCUCCUCGCCCGGCCGGCCCGCCCGCCCCCUCCUCCUCCUCCCCGCCCCCCGCGGCGCUUACAGUCUUCCUCAGUUACCCGGAGAAAACCCUACGUGCCCCAUAAGAACACUGCCGCAUUGCAAGCCAACCCGAUGGCGUCCUCUACUGCUGUGCCUGUAGGAUUUCACUAUGAAACAAAAUACGUAGUUCUCAGCUACCUGGGACUUUUAUCACAAGAGAAGCCACAGGAGCAUCCUCCUCCUUCAACUCAAGGGACUCAACAACAGCUUAUGACACAACAUGCUUUGGAGAAAGAGGCUUUGGAGAAGAUUAAAAUAGAAAUUGAGGAGGAGCUAAAACGUCUUGAUGAAGAAAUCUUGGAAGCAUUUACCACUACAGGAUUUGACUGCCACACUUCCCCAGUGUUCAGUCCUGCCAAUCCAGAGAGCUCAAUAGAAGACUGCCUGGCUCAUUUGGGGGAGAAAGUGUCCCAGGAAUUGAAAGACCAUCUGCACAAAGCACUGCAGAGCUUGCUUAGCAAGCCAGUGACAUAUCAAGAAUAUCGAGAGCGCACACAGGAGACAGCUGUUCAUGCCAGUGGAUGGAACAAGGUCUUGGUACCCCUGGUUCUGCUACAACAAUUUCUGGUGGAGUUAACCAGACGGGGCCAGGAACCACUGAGCGCGCUUGUGAACUUCGGGGUGACAUAUCUAGAAGACUAUUCUGCAGACUAUAUCAUUCAACAAGGAGGAUGGGGGACGGUCUUUACUUUGGAAUCUGAAGAGGAAGAGUACCCUGGGCUCAUUGCAGAGGACAGUAAUGACAUCUACAUCCUGACCAGCGACAACUCGGGACAGGUGAGCCCCCCGGAGUCCCCCACAGUGACCACGUCGUGGCAGUCGGAGAGCCUGCCCGUCUCCCUGUCAGCGAGUCAGAGCUGGCACACAGAGAGCCUGCCAGUCUCCCUGGGACCCGAGUCCUGGCAGCAAGUGGCCAUGGAUCCUGAAGAAGUCAAAAGCCUGGACAGCAACGGAGGGGGUGAAGAGAGGAGUGAGAACAACUCUUCCAACUCAGAUAUUGUUCACGUGGAGAAGGAAGAGAUACCGGAGGGGAUUGAGGAAGCAGUGGUGUCAGCUGUCACUGCAGAGACCAUGCAGGCAGCGUUUCCAGAAACUCCUGCUUCUUUACAGGAAGUAAAACCUCAAGCUGAAAUUGCUGCUGUUGAAAAAGCACAUCCCUCUGCAUUUCUGCGGGCAAAACAGGAGGAAAAGGGAAAAGCGGCUGAAGAGCUUGUUGAACCUGAAAUCCCCAUAUUAAGUAAACCUGUCCCAGAGCUAGCCCCAUCAGAAGAAAAGGCUGCACCAGAACCUGAGAAAAUACUCCUUCCAGGGGAAAAAAUAGUGGGGAAAGAGGGCCAUUUGGAAGAAAUAGAAGAGAAAUCCUCCGCUGCAGAGGAGAAACCUAUCUUAUUGCCAGAAGGGAAAUCUAUAUUGCUGUACGGUGGGGCUGCUGCGGUAGCUAUAUUAGCUGUAGCAGUCGGAGUAGCGCUGGCGCUUAGAAAAAAGUAACGGAGCUCUCUUGAGGAGGAGGAGGAGGGGGGAGACGGAAGAGAGCACGAUCCGAUUUUUGUAGUUGUGUUACCUAAAGGUUGAGCUGCCUGCUGUUUAAUUGGACAUUUGAGUAACUUAAUGGUGAUGGGGUGAGGUCGUUCAAUAAGCCUCCAGCUAUGGACAAUCAUGUUUUUAGUAGAAUUGGGGCGGGGACUGGUUUUUCGUGAUUAAAGUACAGGGGUAUUUUUAAAAAAAAAAAAAAAAAAAUUCUGCAAAUUUAAGAACUUAAGUGCAGGUGCUGAAGAAAGGGGUGCUUGUACUCUAGGAACUGGAACAGAGAAUCCCCAGGGGAAGGGGAGAGCCAGCUGCUGCCAACCCCUGGAGUUUUUGGCUUCCCAGACUGAGCGCUACUGCAGCUGUGCUGUCUUGUCACUCCCCGUUGUGCCCCUGAGCCCUCCCUAACAAACAUUAGUCAACCUGAGUCCUGUAGCGAGAGGCUGGUCUCCCUUUUGUCUCAGCUUCCUCUCAGGUACAGCACUGCUCCUCGUAACCUCACAGGUUCCUCCUAAGCCCCAUUGGGAGAGUGCUUAUUCUUACCUCUUUGCUUACACCGGUUUUGGCCCCUAACAUUUACUGGAGCCCCAUCCUGUAAAGAUGCUGCCUCUCUAUAGCUGUAUUAUUUCUGAGCAUCCUGGUGUUCCUGGGGGAGAGGUGCAGGACGGGGCUUUGCUUCAGCUGCCCAGGAGGGUGGGAGGGACACUGCUAUUUGCUGGUUUGAGAAUCCAUUUGCUCCGCUCCUGCCUGGCCCACUUUACUGCCACCCUUGAGGUACCAGAGGUGCAAAAUCCAUGCUGGACACAGUGCUGUUCCAAUCAGUACUCUGAUACCAGGGUAUAUUCAGCAAAGAUACAGCAAAACUACAUGGAAGUGAGGCCAGCACCUCCUGUGCAAUUCAAAGGAUAAAUGCUAUGCUGUCCUGUAUCAUGCUGCAGUCUGUAUCGUCUUUCCCAGGUUAAGCACAGAGUGUAUUUAGUCCUAACUUGGUCUUGGCUGUGACAAAAUCCCAGAUACAUAAAGCAAUGGAUUCUAGUAACUGAGCAAAACAGCAUUAAAUAUCUCCUCUAUCUGCCUGUUCCUGACCUGACCGGGAGUGUUGUUCAGUGCGAUUUCCUUUGUGACUCUGAAUCUGUAAUUAGCUAAAUUUACAGGUUCAGAAAUUACGAGAAGGUUACUUUGGCAAAAAGUAAAUCCCUCUCCCUGCUGUCACAACACUUCAAAUGUGUGUGGAGAGAAACCUUUUAAGUAUUGCCAUACGCGUUAGUUAACGUCAGAUCCAACUGCAAGUGGAUCUUUCAGUGUGCAUUUCAGUGUCUGUUGUUGUCCGUACUGCAGCUCUGUGGGCAAGACCUUAGGCUUUCCAGGCAAAACUACUGACGCAUCUCUGAGGGUUUGUGCUGGCACUGUAGCUUAGACCAGAUGGAGAUAGGUGAAAGGAAAAUCUGGAUAAUGUAAAAAUCAAAAUGUGAGCUUACAGGAAGCUUACCCUUCAUAAAGCACAAAGACAAGGUACUUUAUUUCUAAAUAACCUUAUCUAGAGUAUGUCUCCUAAUGAGCCUGUUUCUUAAGUGAUCUGAGAAUGAAUUGAUUUUAGCACAUUCUGUUUUAGGAUAUUCUCGCUACAUUUUCCUAUCCCACCUGUAUCGUGGGAUGCUGGGAAGUCAGUAAGAACCUGGCAGAUUCUGAGGAUUUUUUUUGUUUGUUUUAAGCUUUUAUGAGUGGAUUUUCUAGAAAACUUAUUGGAUUUUGAACUCUGUGUGUGAAGUUGAAUAUCAAAAGAGGAAGGAUUGUCGCAUAUGUACUGCUGUUGUGGACUGAACUCAGGCGCUCUGGAGUUCUGAACUUUACUGUUGAUCAUUGAUUGCCCUUUUUCCAUGUACAAAAGGUAGCAGGUUGGCCUUAACAGAAAAAGAAGCCCUUUACCAUGUUGCAAAAUGGAAUUGACUUUUUUUGCCAUUUCCUGGUGCCCUGCUGUUACUCUCAUUGCUGUGCUGUGCGCCCAGAACAGGUCACUGGGACCUCCUCACGCCAUGGACUCGCCGGUGUCUGCCUUCCCACAACCACAGUUCCCUCUCCUGGCCCCUCAUGGGAGCUUCUCGUGUGUGGAGAGGUGUCUUUAUGCUCCUUUUGUCAUGGAUGUGCAUGAAUGUUUACAGUUUUGCUUCAUUUCACGUGUCGCAACAGUGUUUAUCAACAAGUGACACAGUCUGUGAGGGUACCUGGUUGUUCCUAUGUGGCAAGGGCUGCUUUACUGCCCGGUAAGUCGGGGUAGGCCUGCCCCUCUCCUGCUCCUUUGCUGAUGGCUUCUGUUUCCUCUCUGGGCAUGUUCUCUGUGGGAGAAGGGCCGUUCUUAACCUGUUGUAUGUCCUCCUCUUACUGAAGAUGAUGCACCUACGUUUGGCACGUCCCCCAUCUGUAGCCAUGCAGCAGGUUACACAGAAGUACCCACGUGCACUCUGAAGCAGAGAUGGAUUUUGUGGACACUCUGGAUAACUUGUGUACAAACUGGGGAGUGGGGCUGGUGUUGUUUUAGCUCUUCUCUGUAUAUGGUUGUUCUAGUAGUAGUGUGGGAGACGGGUACAGGACAGACGAGAAAAUAAAUCCACACUGGCUAGGGAACAAGUCCCUAGCUUGUUGGCACAAGGAGCCCAGUGGGGCAUUAAAUAAAAAGUCUCGUCUUCUACCCACAGCAGUGAGAAGAAGGUGGCAGCAGUAGUAAGGAAAAGAAAUGAUUUUGUUUUGUUAAGCAUUUUCAUGGUGGGGCAAAAGCCUUGAUUAUCUGGUGUGUUGCUACAUUUAAUGGAGCAUCAGCUGCACCCUGUGUUUUGGUUGCUUGGUCUUUUCUUUAUAUUCUUCUCGUUUUAGGUUCUUAUAGAUUUGACAAGUCAGCCAGAAUUUGUACCCUCUUCUCCCCCAUCCCACUGACCACACGUUUAGAAAAUUUAUUGUAUGUGUCUCUUUCCUCUGGGAACACUCCAUUAGCUAAAAAAGGUCAGUUAUGGACUUGAAUUCUACUGAAUUUGGAGUCCUGUGGUCAGAGCUGGGACAGGCCCUGUGGAAGACACCGAAGGGUGGGUAACCUUAGAUGACAGCAUUCUUACAGACUUGAGUGCCAGGCUGCUUGCUCUAUU